UCAAUAGUUCAAGUCAAUAAUAAUCCUACUGAAGACAAAUUCCUAGAAAUCAAUAUACUCCACAUUUGUCUGCAUGGUCUCCUUUAAUGUCAGUUAACAUUAACUAUACAUUUAAUUCAUCACCCAUUUUAAGGCCCCUCAAUUAUAUAGACCAGAUUGGAAUAUACAUACAAAAUAAAUAAAUAAAUAACUAUUCAAAUCCAAGACUGAGAUCUUAGCUUCAAAUCUUUAUUUUCCUUGCCCUCUACUUCAUCCUAUUUAGAUCUUGAAGUGAAGUGCAAAAACAGGGAGAUCUAAAAGAAAAUGGUGAGUGGUGAUAACAGAUCUCAUCACCAUCCUGCAGAUUUUCUACUAAUCAAACAAGAUGACAAGUUCUUCUCAAGGCUUUUGUCUAAGGAAAGCACUGGAAAAGGUGAGUCUUCAUUCAGGUAUUACUAUUGUGGAGGAUCCUCUGGUUCAAUUCCAUUUGUUUGGGAAUCUCAACCAGGUACUCCUAAACACAAAUUUUCAGAUACUUCUCUUCCUCCACUUACUCCUCCGCCUUCUUAUCAAACUAAUGCGCACUUGAAAUCUUUGCAAAAACAAUCAAAAUCCAAUUUUUUCCUCUCUAUUUUCCCUAAGAUUUCCUCCAAGAGAAUUACAUUUUCACCCUCAGUACUCACGUCCUCUUCUGUUUCGUCAUCUUGUUCGUCGUCCUUCUCAAUGUCUUCCGUCCAAAACUCUUGUAAUAAUUCCAACCCAAGAAACUACCGUUCACGAUCAGAAAUUGAGGAGUAUGAUCACGAGAAGCUGCAGAUCCCUUCUUCACCAACUUCUACACUCUGUUUUGGCUGUGGAAUGGGUAAUUCUAAGUGUUUUCGAGUCAAUUAUCCAGUCAAGAAGAAUGUCAAGAAGUUAGAAGGUGUGCGAUUGGUUUCAGCAGAGAAAAUCUUGCUGAUAAAUCAUAAUGGUAGCGCGUGAGAGGAAUGAGUGCAGAUAAAUGUAAGGAUGCAGGGACUGCUGACGAGGGCAGCCUACUUAAGACAAAAGUAGGAAUUUAUUCUUAAUUUUUGGAAGUAAAGUUCGUGGCUUCGUCCAAAGAUCCAAAUUUAAGGCCUACUUAAAGGUUUGGGAGACGGGAAAAAACAGAGUUUGAUAAUUCGAUUUAGGGCCAACUUGAAUCAUUCAAAGAUCCAAAUUAUGUGGUCCACUGAGUUACUGAUAUCCAUAAUUAUGUGGUCUUUUUUAUUAGGCUUAAAUUAUUGACCGAUUCCUAAAUUUGUUUUGAUAUUUUAGAACACUUUCAACUUACCCUUGUACUUAUUGAACACAACUGUUCAAAACUUAUAGCUAUUGAACACGUUUUAUUGACAUAAUAUCAUAAGGGGUCAUUUGAUAGAGUGUAUUGACAAAAAUAAUGUAAGUAUUAAUUAAUGUGUAUUAUGAAUAUUUUAUUUGGU